UGUCGGUCGCAGCCAGGCUGCGGUCAACUUCGUACUCGACUCACCUGGUCUGCCCUGAUCAAUCAUUCCGCAGGCGCCCCUGUUGACUGGCAGCAAAAGAUAGGUUCCAGGGAGACAAUUACCUUCACCCCCAACAAUGUCCAUCGGGCUUAGGUAAAUGCCAUUGGCAAAUUGGCCAAUAGUACGUACUGGAUUACCGCUGCAUAUGUUCAUCGCCUUUCGAAAUGCAAUUGGCUUGCAACCGUUCCCUCUCGAAGACUAUCAGUCGGACCUGAGAUAUUCCGGGGCAUAGUCCUCCAAGUUGAGCUCAACCAGCAACGAGAGGCAGCGAGUGCGUUCAACCCAUUUGCCCAUUUGUCAGAUAACCUCGCGGAAUGGAUGCAGCGGCAAGCAAUAAAUUGAGCGAUGGGAUCGACGCUCCGUUGUGGGUUUUUUGGAAACGACGCCGGUACAUUGUGGUGAUGAUGGCUUUCUUGGGAUUCAUGAACAUGUACUCGAUGCGGACGAAUCUCAGCGUUGCUAUCGUCGCCAUGACGGAAAACCGAACUGUGGAGUAUGCCAACGGGACGGUUCAUUAUGAACAAUAUUUCAACUGGAACUCCAAGGUGCAAGGGUACGUACUGAGCUCGUUCUUUUACGGAUACCUGGUCACACAAGUUCCCGGAGGAUACGUGUCAAACUGGUUUGGUCCCCAUAUUGCUUUCGGAAUUGGCGUCGGAGGUUCCGCAGUGUUAACCCUGCUAACACCAUUGGCUGCCAAUGCCGGUGUUGGCUAUGUCAUCGCGGUGCGUAUUUUGGAGGGCGUAUUCCAAGGCGUCACAUUGCCGUGCAUGCACUCAGUCUGGGCUCGUUGGGCUCCUCCUUUCGAACGAUCCCGGAUGGUGUUGUACUCGUUUGCCGGAAUUUUCGUGGGAACCAUUUUGGGCAUGCUGUUGAGUGGCGUUAUGGCGAAGAAUUGGAACUGGGAGAGUGUGUUUUAUUUCUUUGGGGCGCUUGGGUGUGUUUGGUACGUCGGAUGGGUGAUUUUGGUUAAAAAUUCCCCAGAAGAUGACCGUCAUAUAACACCAAAUGAGAAGGAAUUCAUACUUAAAAGUAUAGGAAGAGUCGAACAGGACAAUCAAAGGGUGAAACAUCCUUGGAAAGGUAUUCUCACGUCGACGGCUGUGUAUGGUUUGAUUACCGCCAACUUCUGUAACAACUAUGGCUUCUACACGCUUCUAACGCAACUGCCGAGAUUCCUGAAGGACGCCAUGCAUUUCGGAGUUCAAUCCAGCGGGAUGAUUGCUGCGGUACCGUACUUCGGAAUGAGCAUUACAUUAUACCUCGCCGGGUACUUUGCCGAUUGGUUUCAGAUCAAAGGAAUACUCACCACCACGCAGGUGCGUCGUAACUUUAACUGUGGGGCUUUCGUUGUGCAAAGUGUGUGUUUGAUAAUCGCGGCUGCAGUAUUCACGCCGGUUGUUUCAAUAAUCUUCAUCACUUUGGCAAUUUCGGCAUCUGCGUUCGCUUGGAGCGGUUACGCCGUCAACCACCUGGAUCUAUCCCCGAAAAGUGCUGGUCUUUUGAUGGGAAUCUCCAACUCGUUUGGAACUGCGUCAGGAAUUAUUACUCCGAUAGUGGUUGGAUAUUUGACUUCUGGAAGCUCUCCCGCAGAAUGGAAAAUGGUGUUCUAUAUAGCGGCGGGAGUUUACUUGUUCGGAUUGGUGGUUUACUGGUUUUGGGCAUCGGGUGAGUUGCAACCUUGGUCAAUUGAAGUGCAAGAACGUGAGAAGAAAGAACGAGAGGCAAAAAAGGAAUGUUUUGUUUACGUCAAUAAAAUUAAUCUGGAAGAAUAAUGAUCGUUCGUUAUUUGUCUGCUAAAAUGUAUCAAGAAUAACAGAAUAGCAAUCACUCGAAUCGUGAAAAAGAAGGAUAUUUCUAGCUAGUGAUUGGAGGCUAUGUUUCCGUUUACGCCUUCAAAAAGAUUACAGUUACACAGGAGAAAGUGAUGGAGAUCAAACGUUACUAAUGUAAAAAUAUACUGAAAUACAUAAAUUAUUCAA